UGGAACCCUAAAAUCGUACUCAUAAACUUGUUAAGCCUGUCCCGUAACCGAGCUACAAUAUCGACCCAACUGUACACUGAAACAGCUGAAAAUACAGUCUGAAAACACUUACUCGAAGGUUUCAGAGAGAAAAGAUUUUCUGUGAGAAAUAAAUCAACAUGGCGGCGUUAAUAGCACCCACUGAUGAUAUGGAGAUGGAAAAGAUUGCAGAGGAUGAACUGUCUAAGUUGCAGAGACAGUUCAGAGUGAUGGAGAUAGACCGUGCUACAGUGCUGAGCAGCGUGCAGCCGACCCUUAGGAUGCAGAAGAACAUUAUCAACACCCUGAACGCUGACCUGGAGAAGAUUAUGCUGGAACUCAAGUUCACCAAAAGCACCUCCAACCUCAUGGAAGGCGCAAAAAGUCGUGAGAAGCUGAUUGCUCUUCUGAAAGACCACGAGAAGUAUUCGACCGAGGUGAAAGACCAUCGGGAGACUAUCAAGGAAUUGAACUUCUUGCUCAAACAAGUGCAGAAGGAAAUCAAGUCGCUGAGGUCCAAGGUGAUGGGGACAGAAAUUGCGUAUUCCAAUGUCCUAACCGGUCAGACACUGAUCAGUCAGCUGGAGAACCGACUGGACACUGCGAUGAAGAAGUUCAACACCGUCAACAGCGAGAAUUACUCUAUGAGGCUGGAAAUCGAUAGACUUUUGAGAGAUCGGCAAUUCUUCAACACCCACUGGAAGAAUCAGCUCAAGCGCCUGAUGGAUGGCAAGGCGAUGAUCAUAGAACUGCUGGAGCAAGCCAUCUCCACGUACGACCAGCGCGAGGAGUGGUGCUCCAAGCUAGAUGCCCUCAAGGAGAAGGCAGCUACGGAUUAUAGGAAACAUUGUUUGGAGGUCCGAGAGCUCCAACGCCAGUUAGACCACAGCAUGAAGCUGGAAGAGUUCCUCCGCACGAAGGGCACGGUGCGGCUGACGGCGGCAGACGCCAAGGCAGAGGCCAAGAAACUGGAGCAGCAGGAGGAGGAGAUGAGGAUCUACAACAACUACGUCAAUAUACUGGAUGCCUUGAAGGAGUUUGCCGGCGAAGACGACGUGGACAAACUGAUCCAAGAGUUCACGCGUCGCGAGGAGGAGAACUACGCCCUGUUCAACUACAUCAACGAGGUGUGCACGGAGCUCAAGAACCUCAGUGAUAACGUCAAGAUGCUGAGGGCUAAUAUUGAGGAAGAAACCGCGAAGCAUCAAGCGAAGCUCUUCCAGCAGCAGGACAGCAUCGAGUCACUGCGCAGUACUCUAGAGGAGAAGCGACAAGCCACGGCCGACGCGCGCGCCAUCUGUGAACGAAGCUCGCAAGUUCUCACCACUUUGUUGCAGCAAAUACAUGCGUUGGCGCUGACAUCAGAAUGUGACUCCCUCCCACUUCUGAAGCUGCUGGGCAAACCGUUCGACAUCAACGUGACGAACGCUCGCCUCUACAUCAAGAGCUUGGAGAAGAAAGUACUCGAGAUCAUUGAGAUCAUCAGAAUUGAUGAGUUGAUCCAGCGUCAGACGGAAUCCAAGGAGCGUACUCCACCGUCGACUCGACGUCGCCGCGGCCGAGCUGCGCCGCCUGCCCGGCCUAGAGACUCAGUCGCUGCACAGGCGUAAAUGCAUUCGUGAAUUACGCAUACACAUUUUAUAACCAAUCUCUAUCGAAAAUCGAUUAAAAUCUAUUUUUUUUUUGACAUUAGUCCCAGUCAAUAGCGACAUUACGUGCCGUAACGUCCACCUCUGCCUACUCCUCCGGAGAUAAAAGGCGUGACAUUGUGUUGUUGAGUCCCAGUUUCUCCAAAAAAUUUAAAUGUACGUCGUAGCAGCAUAUCUCUGGCGGAAAAGCACCCUUAUCCAAAGAUUUUGGAUUUAGUAACGAAUCUUGCUCGUUCUUCUCCAUUUAAGGGUCUCAGCACACAUAUGGGAUCGGAAAGGGAUCGUCACCGUAUCGCCUCGAGCCGUUCAGAAUGGUUUGUAUUAAACUCCCUACUGCAACGCACACUAAUCGGAAUAAUAACGUAAUCACUUCGCCUCGGAACAGGCUCCGAACUUGAAUUUCCGCGCUUACGGCUCAUCGUACCCACGCUUACGUUUCUCCGUCCCCGCGCUUACGUCUCUCCGUACCGACUAACUAUCGUGUUAGUCUAGUCGGUGUCGCCUAGCCGUAGCCGAGUUGACGUACAGGCGCUGCUGAUACGCUUUCGUUACGUGCAUACGGUAGGUUGACGCCUGGUUGACAGCGAGGCGAAAGGCGUUACGGUUACGAUCCCUUUCCGAUCCCAUAUGUGUGCUGAGACCUUAAAGCUACAAUUUGGAACGAGCACCUAGCUUCAUUGACGG